AUCAAACCACUUUACCCUUUUUCUCUUAUUGUGUCACUUUUGUCCAAGAGUGGAGAAGAGAAAAGACCAUGGGAAUCAACCAUUUCAUCAUUGCACUUAUCUCCCUCACUUGUCUCUUCUCCUUCUCAGCCUCUACCAAUGCACCUCUACCCCUUUCCGACGCUUCUAGCCCUACUUCUUCAAAACUUCAUGAUAUGAUUGAGGUCAUGUUUGAAUCGCCAUCUCCAUUUGCAUUUGAUGGUACAACGUUGGAAAGUAUUGAUGAUGUAUUAAGCAUACUACCUGGCAGCGUCGACCCUGCCCUUCAGAAAAUCUGUGGGAACACCGAUCACCCCGUUGAAUGUAUAAAAGCAACUAUGCUGUUCCUAGAUGAGAAAACUCCUAUUGAGCCUCUUUCUGUCCUUAAAGCUGGGAUUGAAGCAAUGGAUAACCAAACCAAAGAUGCUUUGGCUGAGGUUACAAAGCUCUCUAUGGACCCUACUACCCCUAAAAAUGUUGUUCCUAUACUUCAAAAAUGCAUCGAUGUCUACAAUAACAUUCUUAAUAGUGAUCAAAAAUCCCUUGAAGCCAUCUCCAAUCGAAACCUUGUCCAAUUGAGCAUAGAGCUAGGCGCUAAUGUGGAAAACGUACUUGGCUGUGACAAUGCAUUCAAACAGGCUAAGCUCGAAUCGCCGAUAAAGAAGAUGGAUGCAAUGCUUGCAAAGAUUGUUAGCAACACCUUGACCAUUGGUGUCGACAUGGUCCACUUUUAAAGGAAGAACUUAUUAAAAGUUUGUUAUUAAGCCAAUAAAGAAGGCCAUAUCAACAUUCUUUUAGCAAAUUAAUGGAACAAGAAAAAAAAUUCAAAUGUGACACUGAAAAUUUGUUUUUAUUUGGUGACCAAAAUAGAAGCACUCUAAUAUUUGGAUGAUAGUUUUUGUAAUUUACCCUAUAUAAAUAUUGAUAAUAAUAUUACAAAAAUUGUUCUUGCUUCAA